CACUUUAUCAGUGGUUUCGUUUCAGGCGAAUAAGUGCAGGGUGCGACAGGCUUUCAACAGCAGAUACUUGCGCCGCUUUUACAGCUCACAAUCCAGCGAGUUUUUGUGUCAGGUACCUCGGAAUAAGGACUAAAAUGAAGCACGGAUUAUUAUUCAUCGCGCUUUUCAUUGCUGCAACAGCUCUCACUUCAGGUGAAUAUAGUUCAUCUUACAUGAGUGGCACCUCAAACUCAACAACUCAGGCCACGAACACAACAACUCAGGCCACGAACACAACAACUCAGGCCCUGAACACAACAACUCAUGCCCCGAAAACAACAACUCAUGCCCCGAACACAACAACUCAUGCCCCGAACACAACAACUCAGGCCACGAACACAACAACUCAUGCCCCGAAAACAACAACUCAUGCCCCGAACACAACAACUCAUGCCCCGAACACAACAACUCAUGCCCCAAACACAACAACUCACAACCCGAAUACAACAACCCACAGCCCACCCACAACAACAGCAAUGCCAGUACCAACACCACCUACCAACGUGACAACCGGGAAAUAUAAUUUUACUGAUGGAAAAGGCAUACCAUGUAUUAUGAUGGACAUGGCAAUCGGAAUCCGUGUGAACACCAGUGGGGUAAAUGGCACAUUCAUUGUUCAGCCAAGCAAAACUAAUGUCAGCGGAGAAUGCCAGGAAAAAGUAGCUACUCUCACUCUUACAUUUGAUGAAGGUUCAAUUUCCGUACAGUUCCAGAAAAAUGAGACAACAAAAAAGGCCUAUCUCAGAUUUGUGCAGUACGACUUGACCUAUGCUUUCAAAACAGGAGUUUUAAGCAAUUACUCAAGUGAAAACAGGUCUCUUGAGCUGUUUUCCGUGGAUCUGGGUCACUCUUACUCCUGCCAUGCUGAGACGCUGUACAUGGGGAAUGGUGUGAGUCUGGAUCUGACGCAUAACAGGUUUCAGGCCUUCGAUAUCAAAGACAAACAAUUUGGACCACCUGAACUAUGCAAGGCUGAUCAACCUGACUACCGCGUUCCCAUCGCCGUGGGCAUAAUCCUCAUCAUACUCAUCGUCAUUGUAGUCAUUGCUUACCUUAUCAGCAGGAAACGGCGGACUGAUGGGUACCAGUCCCUAUAGAGGCCUACAACGUGUGAUUUAUGAGAAUACCAGCAGUUCCAUUUUACAGGAAUUUAAAUGCUGUUAUGUAUGCCUUAAGUGAAUGUUACUUAUGUAUACGGAUGAACACGGAUGGCCUGGGAUCUGUCCAAACAAUGUUUACUAUGCAGGGACAGUCUGCCACAUCCUAACACAAGCUGAAGUUGUCAUCAUACUUUCUACAUCACCAUAAGAUCAGAGAAAGAAAUGGCUUAGUACAUGCCUUAUUUAGCCCUCCAUUGUAAACUAAUUACCUUUUUUCAAAGAACCUUACCUAACACUGACAUUAGAGAAGGAUGCGCAUAAUCUGCAGUUGCUCCAUCUUAAGUGUGUGCUUUUUUCUAUCUCAGUCGCUAUCACACAUAUGUUCAGUUUUCUGUGAUAGGCUGCUAAACCAUUGUUAAUCUGAUAAAUAUGUACAGUGCUUUAUCCUUUCCAAAGGGGCCUUAAAAGCAAAAGGGAUGCACAAAAGGGAAUUCAUUUGCUUACAUUGUGCAAUUAAUAAUAGAAAAUUUUUUUUAAAGCAGUUGCAUCCUGGCAUUCAUUCUGUUGUGCAUUUUUUUCUGUUUUUAACCUGAAGAGCUUUACUAUGCUGUGUUGAUCUGAGGCUGCAUUUAUGCACUGAAUAUUGGGAGUAAUGUGUAAUUUUGGUGACAAAUAAAAAUAAUUUGUUAAAAUAAA